AUGUCACAAACCAUGAUGCACAAAUUCAUUGAAACGUACUGAAAAUAAAUACAAACAGACAGCUGGCCUUCUGCACCCCCCACACAACACAACAACAACAUUAACAACAACACACUAAUUAGUCUCUCAGUGGUCACUACUUUGCAGCACACUCUUGAGUUUUGAGUCUCCCUCCCUGGCAGUUUCAUGGCUUCUUCAGUGACCAGAUCAACCUCAGGCUUCAGCUUCUCAGAGAUCUGGCUCUUGGUGGCAGCCACAGCACUCAUCUGUGGCUUUCUGGGGUACAUAGUUUAUGAUGCAAUCAUGGCCACUGCUUCUGAGUUGCUGCAACGUUUGCUGGUAAUUUCUCCACUGUUCUUGAUCAUCAUUGUUCACUGGCUCUCCACUGCAAGCCAAAUAAGCUUCCCCAUGCCAGGAUCUGAGCCUAGUGCCAUCCACAGAGCUGGUGGUUCCCCUUGGGGUGUUGCAUUUGUUCUUCUUCUGCUUUUCCUUCUCAUUUCUUACCAACCUUCCCUGCAUGACCUUAUUUCCUAGCUAGCAUGUGCUAUAUAGUUUAUCAGGCUAUGAAAAUUUAGUGCAUGUCACUUAUGUGGGGUGCCUGUUCUUUUUUUUUUUUUUAACAUAAAUGUUAAUUAUUACGUUGUUAGUUUUUAUUACUAGUUGUUAGUUUUUAUUACUAGAAAAAUCGAAGGUAGUAUCUUUCCUUCUUUUCUCACCCUACUAAUCUUAUAUCUCCGGGUGUGGUACUUGUAAUUUUAGAGUUACUGUAGCUCAUAAUGAACCUUUUAAUUUCUAUGUGAAUUUGGGUGUAAAAACUAUUGCAGUGUCUCUCUCUGCCUCUAAAAGAGUCUUGCUUUUCCUCUGUACCAA